GUUUUCCAAUCUUCUGCGCAUGCGGACGCACGACCAAUCCGCACCGCUGGGGCCCGAGCAGAUGCGGUCCCAGGACCUCGAGAAGUGUCUGGCAUGGUUCGCCUUGUCUGGGCCUCCCGGGGGCGCUCCUCGUCACAGCGGCUGGACUCUCCUCGGAGUCCUGACCAGAACGCGGUCUGGAGGCUUGGUCAGCCUCGUCUGGCCACGCCAGCCGGACCAUCUAAAGGGAAACCAGCCUUCAAAAUGCAGGUCCGACCUCCCUUGUGGAGACGGUUUUCCUAUCAUUCUGGAAGCGCUUUGCCUCCACACUGGAAGUUCAACCUCCAAGUUUGACAUGUUCGAUCCUCUGAGCAGUCUCGCGGGGCGGCGGAGGCGCGGAGGCCUCCGGGCCAGAGAGAGUCGAAAGGGCCGAGGGGACGAGGAGGAGGAGGAGGAGGAGCAGGAGGAGGAGGAGCGGCGAACAGACGAAAAGGAACAAUCCAUCCAGGGGGCACAGGAGACAAUGCGACCCUGAGGAGGGCAGGGAGGCCACCCAGAAGGCACAUGCGGACCGAGGCGAGGCGGCCUGUGCCCCGCAAUCGCUUUGCUGCACUGCCGGGCGGCCCGGCCGCCCGCUCGACCAAGCUGGCGGCUCCUGAGGCGGCCGGACGGGCGCGCGAAGCCUUCGCCGCAGGCUGCCAAAGAUUCGCAGUCCUAGCCAGGAUUGCGAAGGGGAUAGCAAGGCUGAGGGGGUGCUGAGAAGACGGAGGAGGAGGAAGAGGCGGAACGAGGAGGAAUGAAGACUGGGAGGGACGGAGAAG